CAUUACCAACGGUUGACUAUAGUCUUUACACCUGUCAUUCUCUCAGAAGCUAUCCUAACCCUGAGCCCUGAGGUGCGAAACACCUUAUUCCAUUUCAUUAUCGACUCCAAAACGCUCCCGUUGCAACAUCGCUUUAGGAGCAAUAACUAAGACGACGUCGUGACGUUGCUUUAGGCAAUGAAUGAAAGUGGAAACUCGGCGAAGUGGUGAUUCAGUUGGGAAAUAGUAAAGUUCAGGGGUUGUGAUCUGAUGUGGGUCGCUUUAAGAUCCCGAUAUCUGCAUCUAUCAGGAACAUCGUUGCCUUCGUCCUUUCUCACUAAUCCAUAGUGGAAGCUAGUGUUUUCAGGUUUCAAUCAGAUGUUCUCUUUCAUCCAGUGUGGAGAGCGGUAGCAAAGAGUUGCUGAGCCUGCAAGAGGUGGAGAAGGUUCUAAGCGAUGUAAGAGCAGAUGGCGUGGCGGUGAUUCCGGUUGGGAAGCAGUGCGAUUGGGCCGAUUUCAUGGUGAUUGCCACUGGUAGGUCCACGUGGCACGUCAAGAACAUCGCCCAAGCCCUAAUUUACAACAUAUAGGUGGUUAGCAGUUUCUGUUCUAGGAAAAUCUUAUAGAAAAUAAAGUAUCCAAAUCUAUAUAUUCUCACUAUUUUCAUGCAAAUUCUGGGGUGUUUCUUUUCUUUAGGCAGAGUGGUAGUUCAUGCUCUUGAUGAGAAGGCAAGAGCUUAUUACAAUUUGGAAAAUCUUUGGAUUGUGUGGAUGGUCCAGAAGGAACCAGCUGAGGGAAACAAAGACCCAUUGCUGAACAAUCAUCAAAUCCACCGACGAGGAAAACAGGUCCUACGAAUUGAAUAACAGCAGUCCACACUCACUUCGUUGGCUUCGCCCACUCUUAACAGUCUCCGAACUUCCCAAAGCAAUACAAAACCAAACGCCAAUAAACAUUUUUAUCUCUCCUCUUUCGGCUUUAUAUAUAAAGGCAUCACAAUCAUUUUUCUCCGCUUCAUUUCUGGCUACUCUCUUCGCUUCUCGUUCUUAUUCUCUUCUUGCAGUUCGCGGAUUCUACGGAGCUCCGAUUCCGAUGGCUGCUGUUGCUGGAUCCAAUGUCGUUGCCUUUAAAUCCGCCGCUAAAUUUGGUGAUUUUUGUGACCGAAAAAAUUUUCAGGUUCGGCAAUGGUCUCCAAUUUCUGGCGGAAUCGGAUCGGUUCAGGCUUGGCCGUGCAUCGGACUCCAGCGCAGAUCGAGGAGAUCGUUUGCUUCCUCCGGUGUAAGAGCUCAGGUUGCCACUGUUGAACAAGCUAGCACUGAAGCAGCUCAAAAAGUGGAAGCUCCUGUAGCCAUAGUUACUGGAGCUUCUAGAGGCAUCGGUAAAGCGGUUGCACUGGCCUUAGGAAAAGCAGGUUGCAAGGUCCUAGUAAAUUAUGCCAGAUCAUCAAAGGAGGCUGAGGAAGUUUCAAAAGAGAUUGAGUCGUAUGGUGGUCAGGCUGUUACUUUUGGUGGAGAUGUUUCAAAAGAAGCUGAUGUGGAGGCAAUGAUAAAAACUGCUGUUGAUGCAUGGGGAACUGUUGAUAUAUUGAUAAACAAUGCAGGAAUUACUAGGGAUACUUUGUUGAUGAGAAUGAAGAAAUCACAAUGGCAGGAGGUUAUUGAUCUGAAUCUUACAGGAGUGUUUCUUUGUACACAGGCAGCAGCCAAAAUCAUGAUGAAGAAGAAAAAGGGAAAAAUAAUUAAUAUAGCAUCAGUUGUUGGUCUUGUUGGGAACAUUGGGCAAGCCAACUAUAGUGCUGCUAAAGCAGGAGUUAUUGGCUUGACAAAGACUGUUGCAAGGGAAUAUGCCAGCAGAAACAUUAAUGUCAAUGCUGUUGCCCCAGGAUUCAUUGCAUCUGAUAUGACUGCCAAGCUUGGGGAAGACAUUGAGAAGAAAAUCUUGGAAACAAUUCCCUUAGGUAGAUAUGGUCAACCAGAAGAAGUUGCCGGACUGGUGGAAUUUUUGGCCCUAAAUCCUGCUUCAAGUUACAUCACAGGACAGGUGUACACCAUUGAUGGUGGAAUGGUCAUGUAAAAUUGCUAUCACAUCGUUUCAGCGGUUGGUUCUUAGCGACUACAGCUGGACUCUAAAUUAAUAUAACCUUGUUUAGCGGAUGCUUUUAUUCGACAGUUCCUUUUUUUAGUUAUUCUAAUAAACAAUAAUUCCUGAAUUUUGGCAGCAUACAACAUAAACAUGUUGUAAACCAAACGAUGAGUUAUGUAAUAGUUUGUAAGCUUCAUUUGACUUGGCGGAAGCGUUGUUUAUAAGCAGUUUGUCAUCCUCAUCCAUGAAGUUUUAACAUUUCAAUCAAAGCAUCAGAAAAUUCUGUUA